AUGAGCUCUUACUUUGUAAACUCGUUCUCAGGGCGCUAUCCAAAUGGCUCCGACUAUCAGUUACUAAAUUAUGGGACUAACGGCGCUGUGAACGGCUCCUUCAGAGACCCUGGCACCAUGCACUCCGGGUCUUUCGGCUACAACUACAAUGGCAUGGACCUAACCGUGAACCGCACCAACAACGGCGGCCACUUCGGGGCGGUGAGAGAGGAUGCCCGGGGAUUCGAGCCGGACGCCCGCUACAGACAGACUCCCAACUGCUCGCUCUCGUCUCCAGAUCCGGUGCCGCCGUCGUGCGCCACGGUCAGCCAGGAGCAGCUGGAACUAAAAAGCCCCUCUCCUCCAUCUGACCGGAGCUCGACCUCCAGCGGUAACAACCUCAACAAAAACAACAACGCUCAUUUCACGGAGAUAGAGGACGCCACGGUCGCUUCUGAGACCGAGGAGGGCGCGCACAGCAGCGGCGGCUCCACCUCGGCUCCUCGGGCGCAGCAGCACCAGGACCCCAACGCCACCUCUUCCACUCCCACGUCAAAUGAUUGCCAAUCGCCACAAAUAUUCCCCUGGAUGAGGAAACUGCACAUAAACCAUGAUAUGACUGGACCGGAUGGGAAAAGGGCCCGAACCGCGUACACCCGGUACCAGACGCUAGAGCUGGAGAAAGAGUUUCACUUCAAUAGGUACCUAACCAGGCGGCGGAGGAUAGAGAUAGCCCACGCCCUGUGUCUUUCCGAAAGACAGAUCAAAAUCUGGUUUCAGAACCGCAGGAUGAAGUGGAAGAAGGACAAUAAACUGAAAAGCAUGAGUCUGGUGACAGGAGGCAGCGCCUUCCACAACUGAAUAACUUUUUGGGGGGGAAGGUGUUUCAACUUGAGCUCUUUAUUGUGACUUCUUGACGGUCUAACAGGAGUAAAUUCAUUGUACAGUUCAACAAAAAAAAAAAGUUUCCAAACCAUAUGCUGCUCUUCAUUGAAUGUAAACCUAAUGUAUUCCGGGGCCAUUCAAAGCGCUUUAGUGUAAGUUUUACUGCUAUUUUUGAUCUUGUGGCCAACAUCCAUUCAAGCCAAUUGUGUAGCUUUAGGAAUAUUUUGUGCAACUCUUAUUGUUGUUAUUAUUAUUAUUAUUGUUUAGGAUAAUUAUUGAGCAAUGCAAAUGUAUUCAACCUGUCAAUGUGAUCAUUUUUUUGUGCAAAGGGUUAUUCUGUGGAUAGGCAAGUGAUGUAAGCUUUUUUCGCCAAUAAGCUUUUUGUAUUUGUAAGUGAAC